CACCGCCACCACCAUCGAAGUCUCUUGCAAAAACCCCUGCUAAAACAGUCAACAAGGGCAAUAAGCGUAAACGCAUCGUGAUUGAGCAGGAACCCGACGAGGUAAACUAUGGUAAAUGGUAUUAUGAUAUAAAACGGUUAGGUGCCAAACUUAAUUUUUAAACGUACAUGAGUGUUGUUGUUAGGCAUGUGCUAAAGUAUAUGAUAUGUAAUGAUGUAACAUUUGAAAAUGCUUUACAUGUGUACAAUACUAAAGGUGAAUAUAAUAUAUUGAGGGACGUUCAAGUUGGUGUGGCAAUGGAAGAGACAAAAAACAGAAUUAUUAGUAUAGCUAGAUAUUCGGAAAUGUCCAUACACGAUCUUGUGGAUACUAUUCUUUCAUGAUGUUAUUUUUUUUUUAGUAUCGAAAAGCGGUUUCGGUUAUUAUAGCCGUUAUGCAUCGUGAAAAGCUUAGCUCUGCAAAAGAAGCUGUAUUGCUAUACAAGAAUGAAAUGAAUGAAGAGUAUCCACAUGAUUAUCUAGAUAUAAUAAAAGACGAGAAUGUAGAUGAGAUAAAUGAGAUGUAUGCUACGAUGAUUGCUAAAAAUAUGUUAUAUUAAUUUUUUUAGUAAUAUCAUGGGCAAAAAGAGACAAUUACGACGAAGUACAAACAAUAAAGAAGUAAUUAAAAAACAUCGCGUUUAUUAAAACACGAAAGAUUGAAUGAAAAACAAAAAGAGGCAUAUACAUUACAUAAUAGAAAAUUAACAAAAUAUAAACGUUUAAGUAUUAACAUUUAUAGACGUAACGCACAAUGGAGUAUUGAUUUAGCAGACUUAAAUAAUUUGUCAAGAUUUAAUAAUCAGUAUCGUUAUUUACUUGUAUGUGUUGAUAUUUAUUCACGUUAUGCAUUUGUUCGACCGUUGAAAACAAAAACGGCAAGAAAUGUCGCCAAUAAAUUUGAAGAUACUCUCUUAAAAGACAAAGAAAUACCGUUAAAAAUUCAGAGUGAUGAAGGUACAGAAUUUUCGCUGCUAAAAAGAGAUCUAUCUAAAAAAUAUGGUUUUACAUUAUUUCAUACUUAUAAUCGAGAAACUAAAGCUGUUCACGCCGAACGAUUUAUUGAAACUAUUAAGCAAAGUAUCAACCGAUCAUUGACAAGUCUCGAUCACGGUUACAAUUAUAUUCAAAAUUUGCCGUUAAUUGUUGCACGAUAUAAUGAAUCGCGGCAUAGGGGAUUAUAUAAUUUAACCCCGUUUGAUGUGUAUAAGAGGGGCAGGGAACCCAGUGCUUUUCAGAGGAUAAAAACUCUGCUUACCAAUAGUACGGUCACAUUGCAACUUCUGAAAGAGGGAGAUAUUGUUCGCGUUGCCAGAAUUAAAAAUAGUGUUUUUGAAAAAUCCAGUUUAAGGCGGUGGGUGAAAGAAAAAUUCCGUAUUAAAAGGGUCUACAUAACGGAUCCCGUAACGUAUUCGCUUGAAGAUUUGAACCGUGAGGAAAUCAAGGGUAUAUUUUAUCGUAGUGAAUUACAGACAAUAUGA